AUGGCGCUUGUCUUGUUUGCCGUGCUUGGCUCCCUGGUCUACUCGGGCCCGGCCGACCAUGGGGACACCACCAGCAGGACCGAGCGAAACAACUGGGCCGUGCUGGUGGAGACGUCUCGCUACUGGUAUAACUAUCGGCACGCAGCAAAUACGCUGUCCUUCUACCACACUGUCAAGCGCCUUGGUAUCCCCGACUCACAGAUCAUCCUCAUGAUGGCAGAGGACAUGCCAUGCAACUCGCGGAACGCGCGGCCUGGGACUGUCUUCAACGAGAAGCAGCAUAGGCUCAACCUCUACGGCGAGGACGUGGAGGUGGACUACCGGGGCGAUGAGGUUUCCGUGGAAAACUUCUUACGUCUCCUGACAGGGCGCCAUGCGCCAAGCACGCCCCGCAACAAGCGGCUGCUCACGGACUCCUCGAGCAACAUCUUCAUCUUCAUCACCGGCCACUCCGGUGAAGAGUUCAUCAAGUUCCAGGACUGGGAGGAGCUCACCUCCAACGACAUUGCAGACGCAUUUAAGCAGAUGCAGCAGCAGCGGCGGUACAAGCAGAUCUUCUGGGUGAGUGACACCUGCCAAGCAGCCACGCUGCAGAAUCAGUUUUAUUCGCCUGGCAUUCUGGCCUAUGGCAGCAGCGGCAAGAAGGAGAACAGCUACAGCCACCACAUCGAUCAUGAGCUGGGUGUGGCCGUCAUCGACCGCUUCACGUUCCACGCCCUAGACAAGCUGAACAGCCUUGCGUCCUCCUCUUCUGAAACGGUCAGGUCCUUCACCAGCUGGUUCAACCCAAAGCUGCUGAAGGCGCACCCGGAGUUGCGAGCAGACCUCUUCGGGCGAGACCCCGGGUCUACGCUAUUGACGGAGUUCAUGGCCUCCACUGGCAGGCCUCGGUUCCAAGACCGCCUGCUGCCUGUGGCAGCCAGUCCGGAUCAG